AUGAGCGUCGGGCUGGCCGUGGUCGGCGUCCUCUGCGCCGCCGUUUUCACCGGUUUGUACCAUCUGAUGCGCAAUGCCACCCCGGGCUGGAACCCGUGGGCAUGGGCCGCGGUCGCCGGUCUGUUGGGUUUCUGGGGCGUGUCCUUGUACACCCAGAUAAAAUUCCCGCUCAACCCGCCUGGCAUCGGCAGUGAGGGCACGUUGCUGGCCCGUCAGGGCUUCCAGUUCCUGUUCAUCGCGGUUUCGACCCUUUCCGUCGCGGUCGUGGUGUACGGGGUCGGCGUGGUGAACCGGACUUCCGCGGCUUCGGGGCGUUGGCUGCGAUACGGUGGUAUCGGAUUUGCCUACACCGUGGUGGCCCUCCUCCUCGCGUUCGCCUUGCCCGGUGUGCGCGACGCCGCUCCCGACUGGCUGCCCCCCGAACUCACCAUCAUGUUCCGCACCUUCACCGCUGGCGGCCACUUCCUCCUUUGGAUGGGUAUCGCCUUCGCCACCAUCGGUUACCGCUACUAUCGCGAGCGUGACGUUCAUGCCUAUCCUCAAGUUCCGGGCUCGGCCCGGGCCACGUCCGCCUGA